GAGGCGGCUGGCUUUAAAUGGGGGCCGACUGGCGGCUCGGGGACAGUCUACCGCGGGGGGGAGUGCGACCUCCGUUCGCCGCGCGGAGAAUCGGCUGGGGCGGCCCCCAGGCAAGUUCGCCCCGAGAGCGGGUGCCACGGGCCGAGAUGCUCCUCCGGGACCUGGUCCUGCGCCGUGGCUGCUGCUGGCCCUCGCUGCUGCUGCACUGCGCGCUCCACCCGCUCUGGGGCUUCGUGCAGGUGACACACGGCGAGCCCCAGAAGUCCUGCUCCAAGGUGACUGACAGCUGUCAACACAUCUGCCAGUGCCGGCCCCCUCCCCCGCUGCCGCCGCCGCCCCCGCCCCCGCCGCCUCCCAGACUGCUCUCUGCCCCAGCUCCCAACUCCACCUCGUGCCCCCCGGAGGAGAGCUGGCGGUCGGGGCUGGUGACCGUGGUCGCGGUAUGCUGCGCCUCCCUGCUGUUCCUCACUGUGCUCGUCAUCAUUUGCUACAAAGCCAUAAAAAGGAAACCCCUGAGAAAGGAGGAGAAUGGCACCAGCCCUGCUGAGUAUCCCAUGACGUCCUCGCAGAGCAGCAAAGGCGUGGCCGUGAACAGCGCCGUGGUGUGAGUCUGCGGCCCUGGACCACGGGCCAGAGGGGCACCUUGGUGGCACGAGUGGACACAAGCUGACACUGGGCUUGUCCAGGACUUCAUUGUCUUGCUGGCCUCGAGCCUGUCGAAGGAGAAACCACGCUCUUCCCAGCCUCGCCGCUGGGCCGGGGCGGCGCGGGCCCCAGGCUGAGCCAGGCGCACCUGCAUGCAGCCCCGGGGCGGCGCCAGCGCCCGACGCUCUCCGCAUCUCUCGUCUCGUGUGUGACCCGCUGUCUCCCAGCUACUGUCUAAAGCACGUGCCCUGUCGAACGCAGAGGGCCGGUCUGUCUGCUGAGGGGGGAGGCAUCCCCCUUUAGCCAAAAGAAAGGCAAUCCAGGGGCUUCUCCCUGCCAGAAAACCUCUCCCCUGCCCCCCACCCCCGGAUGCCCACCUGCUGUUCCCUUGACUAUGCCCUCCCCAACAGAAGCCAUUGACGCGGCUGUGAGACGUCUCCUUCCUAAGGUGCUUCCCACACAUGUCUGCCACCCCAUCUGCUCUG